GAUUCAUUCAUAAAGACGAGGCGCCGCUACAGUGGACUGUGCUACUAUAAAGUGCGUCCGACAGACAAACAGGAUUAUUAUCUGGAUUUAUAAACACCUGCAUACCUUUUUAUUACUUCUGACCAAAGGAAAAUCAUAUUAGUGGAUCGUCUUUUGUCUCGCAUCAAGGAAUUUAUACAAUAAAAAUCAUCCCGGAAACUUGAAGGAAUUUACUAUAAACACAACCUGGAUUGCCUUCUUAAUGCAACUGUUUUGGACGGGAAUCGAGAGCAUCUCACAGGAGUUCAAUAAAGAAACUAGAGGAGGUGUCUCGGCGUCUCUCUGCUCCCCCAGGGAGAUGUUCCAAGGCUUCCCCGGCGACCUCGAUUCCGGCUCCCGCGGUAGCUCUUCUCCGUCUAUCGAUUCCCAGUACCUUUCUUCCGUGGAAUCCUUCGGCAGUCCACCGGCCACUAGUGCACAAGAGUGUGCAUCUACUGUGGGCGGAGCAGUGGUGGGCAGUGGGAGCUGUGGGGGUGGGGCUGGAGUGGAGAUGCCCGGCUCCUUCGUGCCCACAGUGACGGCCAUCACCACCAGCCAGGAUCUGCAGUGGAUGGUGCAGCCAACCCUCAUCUCCUCUGUGGCGCCAGGCCAGAGCGGCACAGGAAGUUCCGCUAUGCCCCAGGCAGCCUCGCUUGACCCGUAUGACCUACCAGGCCCCAGCUACUCGUCCGGGCCCUCCUUCCCUGCCCCCAGCGGUGACACUCCGGGGCCUAUCCGCCAGUCCCGUACGCGCAGCCGGCGAACAAGAGAUGAGACUCUCACCCCGGAGGAAGAGGAAAAGAGGCGCGUGCGUCGUGAGCGAAACAAGCUGGCUGCCGCCAAAUGCCGGAACCGGCGCCGCGAGCUAACAGACAGGCUGCAGUCGGAGACAGACAUAUUGGAGGAAGAGAAGUCAGAGCUCGAGGCAGAGAUCUCGGAGCUGCAGAAGGAGAAGGAGCGUCUCGAGUUCGUUUUGGUUGCCCAUCAGCCUGGUUGCAAAAUCCCGUACCACGAGGAGCAGGUGCCCUCGCAGCUCCCGCAGCCCACGCAGCCGCAACAGCCGGCUGUGUCCAUCGUGGGCCUGACUGUGAAGGAGGACACUUUCUACCUGCCUCCCGCCUACACCCCCCACCCCUCUGCGCAGCCACCGCAGCCCGUGCAGCCACCGCAGCAACAACCGGGGAUGAUGCAGGAGGUAGCCUUUUCUAGUUCUUUCUAUGCGCAGAAUGAGCCUACAGUGGGCGGCCCGUGCCUGGUGGCCGAUGCUGGUACUCAUGACAUCGGCAGCUGCAACCCCUCAUUUGUCUUCACCUACCCAGAGGGAGCCUGCGGGGUCAGCGCAAACCAGCGGAACAGCGGCAGUGAUCAGUCCUCUGAUUCCCUGAACUCUCCCUCCCUACUUGCGCUUUAAGAAAACCCCGGGGACACACGCGCACGCGCGCGCGCAGACAGCCGUACACGCACACGCCAAUAAUGCCCCCCACCCACGCGCACGGACACGGUAGGACCACGGUAACGGCGGCAGCAGGGGGCGACACACGAAGCCCCCGUCCCUUGACACGUAGGCCUAUACACAGCUCCGCGCGUACGGAUACACAAAUCCACUGAAACGCAAUUAGCCUCGUGAAAACUCAACCCCAGUCAAUAGUCUCAUUGAGUCAUUUAAUAAUGUACAACAAUAAAACAAGUUUGCUCACUGAAAAAAAUAGUAGCUUUCGUCCUGCCGCUGUUUUGUGUGUAUUCUUCAUAUAAUCGAACCAGUGCCCAUCUAUGCAGUUAAUGAAUUGUAAAUAAUUCUCACUCCUCGUUUGCAUUUCUGCGGCUUCCGUAUAGAAAGAAACUUUAUUUAUUUGCUAAGCAAACGAUCAUGUUGCGAAAAGUCCUCCCCAUGUUUUGGUUGCAGCUUCCGAAACCACUAUAGCUUUUCGCUACUGCAGCUUUUAGAUGUUACACGUUGCUGACGAGAUCUGUCAGCUUUUAUGGAUGACUUUGAAUACCACCUCGAACCUCAUACAAACGCAUAUUCAUGUCAAUCGCGCAUAGAAGCACAAAUGCAGCACUUAUCCGCUCCCAUUUCCCCCUCCUGUUCUGCUCCUCCUCUCCUCUCUCCUGCUGGGCUAGUUCUCGUGGUGGCUUUCAUAACUUUCUGUCUUUCUCUGCCUCUCCGUGCUGACUGUACAGAAUGUAUUUGUUUAAAUGGGAAUAGGAAAAAGACUUUUUUUUCGAACAGACUGCAAACCAGUCCCUCACUCCACCCACCCCGUCCAUCAAAGUCCACUGUGUGGCUUCUUCUCCAUUCGAUCGGACAUGGAAAGGGGUUGACCGUAUCCCUGCCCCCGUUCUAUUUUUUUUCCUCUGUCCAUCUCCCCCAUCUCUGUUUCUUCUGUCUCCCCUUUCCUGUCUUUCUGUUUUUCUCCGUCUCUGAAGUCCUCGGCCCCUGAGAGCCCACCGGGCACUUCCAGUUCCUGGGACCUCGACUGAGAGCCAGCUAUGCCCUCUGCCACGCCCCUGCCGUCCCCCAGGCCACGCACUGUCUCGGAAGAGCUGCAGGGAGUUUCGCAAAAGCAGCAAUUUCAGUUCGGCAAAAAAAAAAAAAAAAAAACCGGAGCAAAGUUCAUGCAAAGUGGCGACGAUCCUAUUUAAAGGGAACCUUUGGAUGCGCGACAAACAAAACGCAAAAAAAAAACCAAGCAAAAGAGACUUUUGUUUUAAUGCUGUUUCGCAUAGGGUGGGAGACUGAAUCAGGAGCAAAGAGGCGUCUGAAAUUGAAGUAAUGGACGAAAUCUAACAUUAAAAGAGUGAGUGAAAAGGGGAAAGGAGCAACGCAGGAAAAUGCAGCAAGCAAGAGGGAAAUCAUUCUAUUUUCAUCCGUAAACCUUCCACUUCACCUGCGACAUUCUGGGAAAUACUGCAGCCCUGCUUGACAGCCCCAGCUCCAUGCUCAUGCGCACUUUUACCACCGUCCUCUGAUAACCGUGUCAUUCAUUGUCCUUUGCUUUGGUUUUUUUCCCAAGUGUUUUUUUAAAAAUGUUGUUGUUGUUGUUAUUAUUAUUAAUAAUUAUUAUUUCUAGUUUUGCAGUUGUUUUGUAUUUGUAUUACUGGUGGGAAAAAAUGCCAAAAUGUGGCUUAUUUGAUGGUAAUAAGGAAAAGGGGGGAGGGCCAAUACCAUUUCCGUCCCCUUUGCUUGUUUUGUAUGACUUUAUUGUUGUUUGUAUCUCCGUUUGCCGUCGCUCAGCAAGGCUUUUGCAAAAUUUUUCAAGAAGUGUUUUUUAAAAUGUCAGAGUUGAAAAAUUUUUUUUUUUUGAAGCUUCUCAAUGUUUAGGGAAGCGGCCUCAGUGUUUCCUGAAUGCCUUCCUCAAACGCACCGCCCCUGGUAUUAGCAAUGAGGGGAAUAAGGCUUUUGAUUGGCAGGAUGAUCUGGCGGCCGCCACGCCCCUUUGGUUUCUUUCUGGGAGGCUAAUGAGGAAAACGGUGACGGACACCCAGAUGGAGAGAAAAGAAAAAAAAGUGUAUUUUUGGUGUAUGUACUUGGAAUUUUUUCUGUGAACUUGUUUGUUUUUUGAGUUUGAGCGAGCGAAAUGACCUGUCUCUACUCGAAACUCUUGCCUGAUUUUGAUGCUGCCGAACAAAUGGGACCUGAAGCUUCUUGGUGUUCAUGUUAUUAUCUUAUAUACUAUUACUGCUAUUGUUACUAUAAUUUUAGUAAUAUACGUUUGGCAACUUCAGAGGCACGUCUUGCACUUUGGACAUUUUUUAUACGUUGAAGCAAAUACUUAAGAAUACUAUAUGCAUAUAUAUACAUGAAUGUGUGUAUAUAUAGGUAUAUAUACAGUGAUUGUAAAGUGUGAAUGUUUGGAAUAAGAGUAAUUUAAUGUUUUCUCAAUGAAGAAUAUGGUUGAGGAUAACAAAACGUUCACGGUUUGUUUAGAUAUGAAUAUUUUUCUAAAACAAGAAAAUAGAUGAAUAGAGGAAAACUUUUCCAUAAAUAUGAAAAGCUUUUCACUGCCUAGGCCCUUGCUUUGUGUUUAAAUGUGUACACAGAUAUACAUAUAUAUAUUAAAAAUAUAUACUAUAAAUGUAUGUAUAUAUAAAGAGAUUAUGAAGGUGGUCACUGUUUUUUUUUUUUGUCUGUUGUGAUCACAGUUUCCUCACAGCUUUGGAACUGGCAGUGUGCUAUCACUGUAAAUAUGCAUCUCACAGGUGUCACAAAACAGAAAAAUAAUCCUGAGUCAGGUGCUCCAAGUCAUAUUCUCGUACUUAAAAGGUAUCUUCAACAAGAAAAGAAAACGAAAUUUCUGUUGGAAACUUGGGUUGUACAUUUGUUCUGCUUUUGUUUUGUUUUAUCAGAUGUGCUUUGAUUAGUACAAAGUGAACUAUUUUACUACGAUGCUAAGCUGAUUUUCCAUAGAUGUUUUUGUCGUUAUAUUUUUAACUUCUACCAGACAUUUGUUGGACGGUAGCUAUAUGUGAUGGUCUCUGCUUUCCAGGUAAAUCCACCAGUUUUUUUUCCAGACUGGAAAUUUAAACUUGUAUGUAAUUAAACUUGCAUGUGGGGCCAAAGAACAAUGGAAAACAGAAGGCCAGAGGCCCAGACAGCCUGACUGUCAUCUUCAGGAGGCCAAUGUAUUGUUAAAGAACCACAGUUCAGCUUCAUUUCAGUUGUUUUAGCGGGCCUUCCCUUUAAGAUGUGAAGUGCUUCUUUAGGGAUUUAUUUGAAUCCCUUUCUGUUAAAAGUUCUUUGUAGAUAAUUAUUAUUCAGCACUAGUCAGACCUUUCUCAUAAAAGUAAGCAUAAUAACUAGCAAAGCUACCAGAGAUAAGUUACAUCUGCAUUAUUUCAGCACAGUAAAUCAUAACAGACCCCAGAAAUGAA